AUGACUUGUUAUAACAAACCACAGAUGCCUAAGCUCAACCCUGAGAUCACUAUCCCAAACCUCGGAACAGUUAGAGGGACACUUGACAGAACAGGCAAAGUAGCUAGGUUCUUGAAUGUUCCUGUAGCCACUGUACCUGUAAGAUGGCGACCUGCUGUCAAAGCACAGCCAUGGCAAGGUGUCCAUGAUGCUACAAAGCCUGGUCGAUUGCCACUACAGCAAACUAAGUCCUCUAAAAAGGUCCUUGUUUUAACUGGAAACCACCUGAAUAUCGAUUACAAUACACACAUGAGUGAACACGAUUGCCUUGGCUGUAAUAUCUAUAUGCCUGCCAUUACUGCUGCAAAUUGCGCGGACCUGCCAGUGAUUGUGUGGGUAUGCGGAGGCGCUUUUAAGCAUGGAGGAGCUUCCUCUCCACUUUAUGAUUGUACUCCCAUUGUUGCAAAUUCGAUUGAGUUGCAAAAGCCGGUUGUGGUAAUAAGUCUCAGCUACCGUAUCAACUACCUUGGCUUCUUUAGUUCCAAGGAGAUGGUGCUUGAUGCUCAGGAGUAUGCUUCUACCAUCCCACCACAACAUCGUACCUGGUAUGAUAGUUCCGUUGGCAACUGGGGACUCUUGGAUCUGAUCAUGGGUCUCGAGUGGGUUCAAGAGCAUAUUAGUGCUUUCUCUGGUAAUCCAAAGAGAGUGACUUGGAUGGGUCAAUCUGGGGGCGCAGCAAUUGCAUCUUACUUCAAUAUGAUCCCUCAAUGUCAUGGUCUGUACCAACGUGUGAUCAUGCAAUCUGGUGGAGUACCAUUGGUGCCUCCUAUACAUCCUGAAUAUGAGGGUCAGUAUGUGUUUGACCAGUUGUGCCGAUCACUUCGGAUGCCAGAUGGUCUGGGACCACUAGAGAAAGUAGCAUGGUUACGUGCGGUGCCUGGAGAGACGAUUGCAGAGCUGAUGAAUAACUGUCCGAUCCUUGCCUUCAGGCCUUCAAUUGAUGGUAUUAUCUGUAAAGAAAGUGCACUCUUGGAGGCUCCAUCUUUGUAG